GCUCAUGAGGAACAUGCGCAAGGACAGGGACAAGUCAAAAGCAUGUUUCAGAAAAGAGGAAGAAAUGAAGUGUCUUGAAGUGCUUAUAGCUACCCCUUCAGAGUGUCUGUCUGUUCUUAAUGUUUCUUCGACAAACCAAAUUCUACACUGUAAAUUUGUUUCCACCCUCCCAAAACUAUGAGAUGCUCAAUGUUGGUAUAUCUCUUUCUGGUAGCACAAGAAGUCACAUGCUUCGACAAACAUGCACCACCAUUGUCCCAUUUCAGGAUCAAAUUUAAGGAUAGAAUGGCCUUGGCCGUUGCCGUAUCAUCCCAGCCACCCUCUGCAUCUCCAUCUACCAAGAUGAGUGGGAGAGUGGUGUAUCCAGCUGAGUAUGGUGCAGACCCCACAGGGGAAGAUGAGAGCAGUGAUGCAAUUGUGAAAGCUGUUGAAGAUGCUUUUGGGAUUGAGAGUGAAGUUGAGCUGGUAGCAGGAAUUAGAGACCUUGGAGGGGUUUGAUUGAUCUGCAAGGUGGAAACUACAGAAUCAGCAAGCCCAUCAAAUUUCCUUCUUCUGGGGGUGGCAAUCUUGUGGUCAGCAUUUCUCUCUUCUUCCUCUUUUCAUGCUUAACUUUUUGGUAUACUUUAGUGCCAUACUUCUGUUCUCUUGAUUUGGUGCCAUACUUCUGUUCUCGAGUUACUUCCAUUCUCUUGAGUUGGUGUUUACUUUCGUUGAAAUGUAUGAAGCUUAACAUGAAACAAAUUUGAUAAAGAAAGAACCAUA